AUGUUUACACUAUCUAUCUAUCUAUCUAUCUAUCUAUCUAUCUAUCUAUCUAUCUAUCUAUCUAUCUGUCAAAACCGAUUCCACGUUUUUUCCUUUUAUUGUUUUCUUUCCAUUUUUUCUUUUCUUUUCAUUUUUCUUUUCUUUCCUUUUUCUUUUUUCCAUUUUUCAUUCCUUUCCUUUUUAUUCUUUCUCUUUUUUCAUUUAUUUAUAGUUCAAAAGUUUUUAUCUUUUUUCUUUUCUUUCUUGUGUAGACAAAGUUCUCUUCUUGGUGACCAAACUCCCUUCUUUCUUCACUUAUUUUCCUCCCGUCCGCCUGGAUACUGCGUUUCUUUUACGGCCGUAGAAGAUGAAAAUUUACUUAAACACGCGCUAAAACAUUUUUUGAAAACGCACGUGUUUGCUCCUUUCUUCUUCUUCUCAAACGGCUUUAGCUCCAAACUCCACUUAUGGACUUCUUUUCAAACUUUCUUUUCUGGAACUUCUUCGAGAGGAGUUCUUAAAACUUUCUCUGAAGUGGAAACUUGCCCUCAGCAACUUUGUUACCCAUGCAUCCUUCACUUAUGGGCAAAAGCUGCCUGCCUUUUCAGUAGGGAGAGAGAAAACGAACCUCUUCUUUCUAAGCUGUCUCGUUUCCAACUGCUGCUAAGGUUUUGUCCCAGUUCUCUCUUCCCCUUCAAAGGGAGGCGGUUUACCUUUGAACCGUCCAAUCACAAUCCAUUAACAAAAUAUAUCAGUAGAUUCUUAAGGCCAUUAUUUCUAUCUAUCUCUCUAUCUCUCUAUCUAUCUAUCUAUCUAUCUAAGUCUUUUUUAUCUAUUUAUUUAUUUCAGUCUUUCAUAUCUAUCAAUUAA